GUAUAAAAGAAAAUCGCAGUAACAUUAAGGAUGAAUAUAAAUAAAAUAUAAAAAAUUGAAUACAGCAGACGAUAGGCUGAACUGCGAACACACACUGUGUUGCACAGCAGCCAUCUUAGAAUCAGACCGAUUGACCUCGAUUCGCAUUGCUUCAGAAGCGGCAUCUAGCGGGACGUGUAGUUACAGUCGGAACGUGCAACGAAGCGGUCGAUUUAUUUCGUAUAGUAACUCGAUGCAAAACUUUUCUGUAUAAUUUUUAAUAGACUUCCAUUAUGAAAAUUAUAACUCAAAAAACAAAUUUUUCUCAGCUAUGUUCAUAUGUGAAAAGCAAAGUAAAAAGAUAAGUGAUUUGCCUCUCUUGGAUUGUUUUUCGAUAUUUUUCAUUUCGGAACAUUAAGUGGAAUACGUUUAUUAACAAGAAAUUAAUCACUAAAAGAUAAGCAUUUAACGGAUACCCUAAAUUAAAAGGAAUAUUUAUUCUUAAAAGAAAUUGGCAUAUCAUUGAUCAAUAGAGAAGUAUUCGGUUCACCGUUUCAACCAAAACGUGAAAGAGAUGCAUCCGAAUAUUUUCUCGGAAAAUCCAUCACCUCCUCCUUUAGAUUCUGUAUGAUACUGGAUCUUCAGGAAUUAAAGGGUGUCUCGAGGGAAAGCUGUAUAUUUAUUUUGGAUAGUCCCUCAGCUGCGGCUCGCUUGACACAAUGGCGAGGUAUAAUUAACAGUGAACCCUCUCUAAGACGACCAUCCAAGGUUCAGUAUGAUUUUGGUCUUCAGUGGAAGGGGCCGUCUUAGGCAGAUAUAAAACAGUAAAAAAUUUCUUCUUUCUGACAACUGCAAAACCCCGCCAAGAAUCUGGAUCGAACUGAGGAAUCGAGGACUGGAGAAUCUGAAAGACUGAGAGUUAAUAUCGAAAUGUCACCGAACGCUAAGCCGGAAGAACCGGAAGCCGCAGUUGAUAGGUUACAUGAACUUCGGGAAGGUGCUGAAGCCAGAGGUGAUUCUGGGAGUCCUACUGACCAGCCACCCCCAUGGCUGGAUAAGGAACGUUUCUACAGAGCGAGGGACUUAUUUAAGGAGCAUUUCUUCAGCAUAUUCUUCUCCCACCUUGCUGGUCUGAUGCUUAUAGUGCAUAUGCCAAGUAUGACAGCUCCGCUCAUGUCUACAGGAAACUCAGCAAACAUAAUAUGCCUUUUCCGUCGCUACCUCAGCACCUUAGUUCACAUUCGACGGUGGUACGAGGGAGAUAUUUGGAACAAAGAUGAUCCUGCUCAUCAGAGUAUUACUAUGGUACGCGGUAUGCACAAACGCGUAGCAGAUAAGUUGAACGGUCCUUCUACAUGCCGUCGUCGAUGUCCAGCUGUAUCUCAAUAUGAUAUGGCACUUACACAGUUUGCAUUUGUAGGCCUUAUUAUUCUUCAUCCUCGACAUGUAGGCUUGCAUUGCAGCAAGGAAGAUCUAGAAUGCCUUAUCCAUUUUUGGCGGGGUAUUGGUUAUAUGUUAGGCGUAGAAGAUCGCUAUAAUUUGUGUAAUGGCAACUUAGAAGAGACAAUUGCCAUCUGCAAAGAUAUUAUGGAAGCUGAAUUAAAACCAUCCGUCCGUAACGCUUGUAAGGAAUCAUCAAGUAUGAGUCGUGGCAUUAUAAAAGCUAUGAAUUCUUUCAUUAUCUUUUUGAGUUGGGAAGCAAUGGCGAGAUUCUGGUUUGAACAGAUGGGUUUACCUUGCGAUUUCCAGAUGGGUAUUUACGAAAGUACUGGAUAUUGGUUGAUGAGAUUUACAUUCGGAUGGUUGUUACGCUUACGCUUUUUUCAUAGGUUCUUCAAUUAUCUUUUAAGGAUAGCAGUAAAGCAGGCUCUUGACAAUAAAGAGUAUUACGAAGGGUAUCUCACAAAGCGCCACAACCUAGCCAAUGUUUGACUGCCUGCAGUACCAACUGUUAGGAAAAAAUUAAUUUGAUCUUUGCUCAUUCUUACGGCUGAAUGUCAGCAGAAACUUAAUAUGGCCAUUCUCUCGAGGCGGUAAUGUUGCAAGAAGCACAUACUGCUAGUCUUUACAUAUUGUGUGUGAAAUCAUGGACAAUAACAUAAUCUUAAGAAAAUCUUGAGAUCAUCCUGUGUGUCAGUCGGAACGUCGAACGCAAAGCAAUAUUAAAAAUGUGUUUGUUUACAUAUAUGUGAAAAGGGUGAUUUCAGAAUGUGGCAGAUGAGAUAAUGCCAUGUACCUAGACUUAACAUUUUAUGUUCCUGCAAUAAAAUUAUGAACAUUAUCGCAGGAGAAAGUGCCACAAAAAACCAGAUGUAUUGUGUCAAUAUGUAUAGCAACGGGUAAGUUAUUAACUGUACAGCUUGGCUUUCGUAAAUAUGUUUGGAAUGUACAGUGUAAACUUGUCCUCAAAGGUACACCAAAGCCUUUCUUUUUGCAAUGUAAAGCAGCAGUUCUGCUGAAGUCUUAUUUAGUCUAUUUUAUUUCAUUCUGUGAAAAGAUAAUUCGAGCUACAUUAUAUUUAGCGAAGAGUGUUAUAAGAAUCAUGACAGUCAAAUUUCUUAAAGUAUUGUUUCAUGUUUUACCAUUUAACCCAAGGCUUUAAAAGAACUGUUCUCAUUUAAGUUAAUAAGGUAAUGACCAUGCAAAAAGAUUUCAUCGUAAAUUAUUUUUAAAAAUAUUAUAAAGGACUACUUAUAUAUGCGUUGCAUCAGUGUGUAAAGUUAAAUGUUAUAAACUCAAAACACAGAACAUUAGAAUGCGGAAAUAAGAGGUUUCCAGCGUGCGGCAGUGAAUUUUGAAUAUGAAGCUGAAUGAAAUUAUCCACUGUAGUUAUUCACAUUUGAUAUUAAAUGAAAUUAACCAAUGAA